AUGGCAGCCAAUAACUCAGUGAAUGGUGGUGAAUCCUCUCUGAGGAGCAUCAAUGGUCGGGUCCUUUUUGUUCAGGUUCUGGUGUUCGUCUUUCUUUGCAUCAAUUCUUUGCUAAUCAUGACAUUUUUUAUGAAGGAUUACUUCUACUCAACCAUGCGCUACAUCUUGUUUGCUAUGACACUACUGUCUGAUUGUCUGUAUCUACUCGUGACUGAUAUCCUGCUCAUUUUAAACUAUUUUAAUGUUGCCAUACAAAUGUGGGUUUGUCUUGUUAUAUAUAUGAUUUUGUCGCUGUACACAUAUUUAACACCUGUCACCCUGACAGCAAUGACCCUGGAACGCUAUGUGGCCAUUUGCCUGCCCCUGCGACACUCUGUGCUGUGCUCCACACGCAGCUGUAUGCACUGUAUCCUCAUCAUUCAUGGCAUUAGUUAUUUACCCUGCAUUGCUGUUCUGUCCAUUUUCUUUACAUCUGCAACUCAUGGCUUCUACAUUCAGAAAAAUAUAUGCUCUGUGGAAAUAUUCAUUUUUCACAAGUGGCAGGGUCAUCUUCGAUCAGCUAUCAGUCAGUUCUACUUCUUAGUUAUGGUGAGCAUUAUUAUAUUCUGUUAUGUUCAAAUAAUGAAGGUGGCCAAAGCUGCAUCUGGAGAGAAUAAAAAGUCAACAUGGAAAGGUCUCAGAACAGUAAUUCUUCAUGGUUUCCAGCUGCUGCUCUGUCUCAUCCAGCUGUGGUGUCCAUUCAUAGAAGCUGCUCUGCUUCAGACGAAUUUUCUGUUAUUCAUCAAUGUCAGGUAUUUUAACUACAUUACUUUUAUUCUUGCUCCGAGAUGUCUGAGUCCUCUCAUUUAUGGCCUUAGGGAUGAAAUGUUCUUUCAAGCACUUAAACACUACGCUCUCUGUGGCUUGAAUAAAAACCCUUUGGAUUUUUAA